UGACAUUCGAAUUUCGGGAACACUGGCAUGCCACGCCGGCCUUACACCGUACACUGUACCGCAAUUCAGCAGCUCAGAAGACUAAACUCUCCUAUCCGGACGCCAGACCCCGGUUCAAGGUUGCGGUCUGUCAUAUUAUCGUUCGCACAAGCCCAACUUGACCUCGUCUCACCUUGUGGUUUCAUGGCUCGCCAUGCCCGCUAACACCGACGCAACGGCCACCCGACGACGCUCCGCCCGGCUGACCAGUGGUUCAGCUGCUGCGGACAAGCCCGAAAACGCAGUCGGAGGAGUACGCGUGGCCGCGAACACUCCCCGAAAGAAAGCAGCGCGGUUGACGCCACAGAGUUCGCCAGAAGUGAAGCGGGCAGGGAAAGGAGGCGCGCGGUGGAAGAAAGAAGAAAGAGUAGGAGUAAAGGCGUCGUCGUCCCCGUUGCCGAUGGAGCUUUCUGUGGAAAGGAAUGCGCAUGAUGGUGGACCUGCAUCACGAGCGGCCGAAAGAUUGGAAAUAAUGUUAAACAAACCGGUGUCCGAAGCACAACCGUCGGACGACGAUGACGACUUUAAUGACGACGAUACUGUUGCAGAUAUGCUGAAAGACCCACGUGCAAUCUUUUUGGAAUAUCUAUCGAGUGCGCCCGAGCCAUUUGUUCCAUCCCCGAGCAGAACGAGCGCUAAGAAGAAACGGUCCGGCGAGACAAUAAAAGCGGAUCAGCGGAGCAAACGGCAACGGUUAGAUGCCACCGUAGCGAGAGAUCCAGGAUGGGAUGUCGAUGACGGAAGCGACGAUAGCGACGAGUGCGGUGAUAAGACACUGCAGAUUCCAGGGGAGGCCGUGUUGGCCUUCUUCGCGGAUGAUCGUCGGUAUUACCCUGCCCGAGUGGAGAGCUUCAACCCAUCCACGGGAAAGUACAAACUCACGUUUGGGCUCGGGUACUCUCGCUCCCUGCCCAGACAUAAGUUCCAUACGCCGUUCGACCCCGAGUUCCACAAAGUGGAGGUCGGGGAUGUGUCAAAGUCCCUCUCGGAAGAUCGAGCCCCGUCCGCGGACUACGAGGAUCCCGAGCUGCUUUCGGAGUUCACGGCUGUUUUGCCAGACAUUCGAGAACUGGUGGACGGACCGAUAUCCGCCCAUCGGAGAUGCGAGCUGUUCUUUGACGGAGAUAUAAAAGCGCUGGAAAUAGGGCUCAGGACAGGCCCGAUGGACGUCGACCAGACUGAACUCAUUGUGCGCACAUGCAAGAAGGAGUUGUUUGGGUUGGUCGAACGGGAGUCUGAGGAAGGGGAGUCGAAGCUAAAAGACACCGAACAGCCAAAAACACGGCCACGCCGAAACCGCAUAAAAUCGAGCGCUGAUGGAAAUGAAGGCGACCCCGAGAUAUCCUCAACUCCACAGUCGGCGAAAGACCCUCUUUCGCAGGAAUCACUCCGGUCACUGGAUGCCUCUUCUGAUACCACUGAUACGCGGGAAUCCUGCGCACUACCGUCGCCACCAGCUUCACAUGAGGCUUCCGCAAUUUCCCUUCUCGCCUCCGAUGCCUCAAGAACCGACAAGUUUGUCCGACUAGUACUGAUACCUGAAACAGCGAUCAGGAUUUUGAUGCUCCGGAGUUCCAAAGAUACAACAACACCGGCUUCUUUUCAGAAAGCGAGUCAACCACAUACAAUACCCGCUUCGCAGCGUUCCGGAGCGCGCGCACCAUCGCAAGGCCCGCUCAGUUAUACCGCGGCGGAAGAGCUGCUCUACCAGAGUGCCACUGUGAGAAAGAUGGAUUUCAUAGAGAGGGUGAUGAGUGCGCGGGAAUGUGUCGUACUGGGAAGGGCGGUCCGAGACAACAAUCGUGCCAAAUUCCGGAAAUGAUUGAUUCAUCAAAGGCUGGCGCCUGUGGUUUUCUCGAAUCCGCGGGUGCCAGUUGUCGCCAGUAUAAACUUAGGCUUCUGGCACUCAAAAACAAUUUUGGGAAGAUGGCUCAGAACAAUAGCUACUAGCAAAGCGAAGU